CCUUCGCUGCCAUGGCGGCUGCCCCGCCGCUCUCCAAGGCUGAAUAUCUGAAGCGUUAUUUGUCUGGGGCCGAGGCAGCCGUAGAUGCGGGAUCCGAGGCUAGUCGUAAGCGCCGCAAGAAGCGGCCGAAGCCGACCGGAGCUGGAGGCAAAGGGAUGAGGAUCGUGGAUGAUGAUGUGAGCUGGGCAAAUAUUUCUAUUAAGACAGAAAAAGAAGAAGAGGAAGAUGAGGGAGAUUUGCCUGUGGUGGCUGAAUUUAUUGAUGAACGCCCAGAAGAAGUUAAGCAAAUGGAGGCAUUCCGCACUAGUAACAAAUGGAAGAUCUUAGGGGAACAAAAGCAAGACCUGUCCCCACCCAGGAGGGCCUAUCACAAUUCCCCAGACUCCUCACCUGCAAAGAAGGCCCGUCACGACUCCCCAGACUCCUCGCCACCCAGGAGGACCCGUCACGACUCCCCAGACUCCUUGCCACCCAGGAGGACCCGUCACGACUCCCCAGACUCCUUGCCUCCCAGGAGGACCCGUCACGACUCCCCAGACUCCUCGCCACCCAGGAGGACCCGUCACGACUCCCCAGACUCCUCGCCACCCAGGAGGACCCGUCACGACUCCCCAGACUCCUCGCCACCCAGGAGGACCCGUCACGACUCCCCAGACUCCUCGCCACCCAGGAGGACCCGUCACGACUCCCCAGACUCCUCGCCUCCCAGGAGGACCCGUCACGACUCCCCAGACUCCUCGCCUCCCAGGAGGACCCGUCACGACUCCCCAGACUCCUCGCCACCCAGGAGGACCCGUCAUGACUCUCCAGACUUAUCACCACCCAGAAGGGUCCAUCCUAACCUCCCAGAUUUAGCCGCUGAGGUUUGUCAUUCACUGUCUAAUAAAGCACCUGCUAAGUCCUCUCUCAGUCUGAAGGAGAAGAGCAGUAGACAUGGGGAUGAAUCUUUUCAGCAUAAAAAUCAAUUAGCUUCCUCUCCUGAGCCAGGGAAACAUCUGCAUGACUCCAGAGACUCUUCUCCUAGCCAUAGGAAAUUCCAGACAAACCCUUCAGCCAAGAAACACCAGAGGCAUGAUGUAGAUUCUCCUCUUCCUGGGAAGAGCAAGCAGCAGGCCUCUGAUUCAGACCUGUCUCCUCCACGGAACAAGAAGAAACGAGACUCUGAUUCAGACCUCUCCCCACCAAGAAGGAGGCAGAAAACCAAGUCUUCUGAUUCAGACCUCUCCCCACCCCGAAGGAGUCAGCCUCCUGGAGCAAAGGCCACGCAGAUGUUUUCUGGGGCCAAAACUGGGUUGGUGUCUGAUGUAAGGAGAGAGCAGCAGGAGCUCAGGAGGCAGGACCAAGACACCAAACAUUUGGAAGCUGAAUUCCAAAAUGCUGAAACCAUUUUUCGUGAUAAAUCUGGCCGCAAGAGGGAUCUGAAGCUGGAACGAUUAGAGCAACGGCGAAAAGAGGAGGAAGAGUCGGAGAAAAAUGAGCAGUAUGCUCAGUGGGGAAAGGGCCUUGCCCAGAGCCGGCAGCAGCAACAGAAUGUGGAGGAUGCAAUCAAGGAGAUGCAAAAGCCAUUGGCCCGCUACAUCAAUGACGAGGACCUGGAUCAGAUGCUCCGAGAGCAGGAGAGAGAGGGUGACCCCAUGGCUAACUUCAUUAAGAAGAAUAAGGCCAAGGAGAAUAAGGAUAAAAAAGAAAAGCCUCGCUACAAUGGCCCUGCACCUCCCCUCAACAGAUUCAAUAUUUGGCCUGGAUAUCGCUGGGAUGGCGUGGACAGGUCCAAUGGCUUUGAGGAGAAGCGUUUUUCCAGACUUGCCGGCAAGAAGGCUGUUGAGGAACUUGCCUAUAAAUGGAGUGUUGAGGAUAUGUAGCUCUUGUAACUAAGCAAUGGCUGUAGGUUCUGCUGGUGGGCAAAGGACAGAUGAAACAGUGAGGCAGGCCAAGGGCUAACAGUUUACACAGACCAGCCAUUCAUGGUUGCCACCAAUGACCCUGGGAGAGAGCUUAGGUCUUGAUAUCUGGCUGGGGUGGUACCAUGACCCAGGGAAAUGUCCAUAUUCUUCGGCCAUUGACACAACUGCUUCUACUGUCUUUUAAGUGACACAUUUCACCACUGAAGGUCAUUUAAGUGCCCCAGAGUUCAUUCUUGAUUCGGCUUUUUUUUUUCUAACAAAUAUACAU